AUGCUAAAAUCGUCUUCUAAAUCCAUUGAUGAAAAUACAAAACGACGUCCAUUUAAAUGUAAAAUCUGUGAAGCACCUGCUCGUUAUGCACAUUUUGGUGUUAUAUCAUGUGAAUCAUGCAAAAUGUUUUUCAGACGAAAUGCUCACAUUGAACGGUCAACAUUUGAAUGUAAUUUUGGUAGUCAAUGUGAAAUUAAUAUAUAUAAUCGUCAUAUAUGUACCAAAUGUCGAUUAGAUAAAUGUUUUCGAAGUGGAAUGAGUAUGGAAUUGUUUCGAUUGGGUUAUUCAAAAUCAAUAAAUCGAUCAAAAAAUAAAAAUUCUCAAUUAACAUCAACAGACCUUGUCAAAACAAUCAAAAAAGAUAAAACACAGAUGAUUAUGUCAAUACGUAUGAAAAUUCUUAGAAAAACUGGAAAUUUGCCAACAUUAAAUCUUUUGCAAUCGGAUAUAUCAAAAUUGACUAAUAAUCAAUGGACUCUUCUCUCAAAUGUGAUUCAUAGUUUUGAUGAAGAUCGGAUGAAAUCUAUUUGUCAACGUUUAGUUAAAGAAGAUAAAUAUUCUCAGUCAAUAAAACCAUUGGAUGAAAUAUUGACUAAAGAAUUCUUUCGAUUACUUUUCGAAACAACAGAUAUAUGUCUUCGUUUAAACGGUGAUAUUUGUGCUUUACCACAUAAUGAUCGUUCGAUUGUACUUCGUACUGGUGUCGAUUGUCUACUUUGUUUAGGUGGAGCAUUUAUUAUGUAUCAAUCUCAAUUAAAUACUUGUCAAUCUUUUAUAGACAUGAAUGCUAAAAAAUAUGGAACAUAUGGUAUAUCACUUACUCUUUAUUCAACAAAAUUUUUAGAUCCUGAUGUUGUACUCGUUAAAAUGGGACUUUUAUUAUUAGUUUUCUCUAAAAAUACUUAUAUAUUUUCUUCAACAACAUCAUUAGAUCAUGUAAAUGCUAAUAUUAUUUUACAGAUUCAAAAUAGAUAUGCAGAAAUAACAUGGAAAUAUCUUCUAUAUAAAUAUGGUUAUCAUCAAGCUAUUCAAAGAUUUAUGAAUUUAAUUCUAUGCCUUUUAGCUGUUGUUCAAACGAUGUCUUAUCUUCAAAGUGUUCAACCACAUAUUAAUGAUGUUGAAACAAUUGCUGAAAAUUCUGAAUUGGAAUUGAUUUUAGAUGAUAUUGAUCAAUUCAAUUAA